GUAUGUGAACGCUACAGACAGCAUAACGUACAAUUUCAAAUUUAAACUUCGAAUGUGUUCUGUGAUUAUUUAAAAUAAAUUUAUGAAUAAAUUAGUCACGUAGUUUAUUUUUAUUUUUAAUAAGUGAUUAUUUAGUUUAUUUUAUUUUUGAAGGAUUUUUUUUUAAUAAUAAUGGAGAAAUUAAAAUGUUUGUUGUUUUGUGCGGUUGUAAGUUUGUGUUCAUGUGAUGCUUACAAGAUCUUAGCUGUGUUCCCGGUGCCGAGUCCCAGCCAUGGGAUCCUCGGAGACAAUAUGAUUAAACAUCUUCUUAAUGCUGGACAUGAAGUAACCUACAUAACGCCGUAUGCAAGCAGACAGAAAAGUAAUCCGAAAUUACAUAUAGUGGAUGUCACCGAUCAUCAUAGCUUUUUUAAUCCGGACAUCUUAGACCUCACAGAGAUACUGGAAGGGACAGUGAACUUCAAGGACCACAACUUCGUGUUUUCUAUGAUGAUGCACAUUGCAGCAAUGACGUUAGAACACAAGAAUGUGCAGAAGCUGAUGAGAGAUCCCCAACAGAAGUUUGAUGUGAUCAUUGGCGAGUACAUGUUUACAGAUCUGUAUUCUACAUUCCCAGCAGUAUUCCAAUGCCCUUACAUCUGGUUUUCAACAGUUGAACCACAUUGGAUGGUAAUGAACCUGGUCCAUAGUCCGAUGAACCCAGCUUAUAAUGGAGACUAUAUGUAUGCCAAUAUACCUCCAUUCAACUUCAUGCAAAGAGUCCAGGAACUGUGGCUUCAAUUGACUGGACUUUAUCAUCAUAACAAUGACUAUUACCAACGAGAAGAAGCAGUGUACCUAAAACAUGUAGUCCCUAUCUUGAAAGAGCAGGGCAAACCAGUGCCUGAUUAUAAUGUGUUGAAGUAUAAUGCAUCACUACUGCUGGGCAACUCGCAAGUGGCGAUUGGUAAUGCAGUGCCAAUGCCACCAAGCUACAAGCACAUUGGAGGUUACCAUAUUGAUGAUGAAGUUAAGCCCUUACCAGAGGAUUUGAAGAAGAUUUUGGACAAUGCCAAGAAUGGCGUAAUUUACUUCAGCAUGGGCUCCAAUUUGAAGAGCAAGGACUUACCAGAUGAUCUGAAGAAGGGUCUGUUGGAGGUGUUCGGGGGACUGAAGCAAACUGUCUUGUGGAAGUUUGAGGAGAAUCUACCGAACCAGCCUAAGAAUGUUCAUAUAGUGCAGUGGGCACCACAGCAGAGUUUAUUAGCCCAUCCCAAUUUGAAGUUGUUCGUCACUCACGGUGGUCUCCUAUCCCUCACCGAGGCAGUCCACUUCGGAGUUCCAGUCAUUGCCAUCCCAGUCUUCGCUGACCAGUUCCUCAAUGCAAACCAAAUCCAACAUAAAAGAAUUGGAGAAAAAGUUGACCUUUCCCACAACUUGCCCAAGGAUCUGAAGGUCGCUUUGGAUAAAGUUCUCGCUGAUCUUCCCAGGUAUACUGCCAAAGUUAAGGAGAUGUCUGUAGCAUACCACGACAGUCCGAUGAAGCCAAAAGAAGCAUUGAACUUCUGGGUGGAGCACGUGGUGCGCACGCGCGGCGCCCCACACCUGCGCUCAGUGGCGCUACAAGUGCCGCUGUACCAACAAGCGUACCUAGAUCUGCUAGCUGUGCUACUGGCAGCUGCUGUUGGUAUAUUACUGGUGGUUAGGAAGAUUUUAUGCUUCUUUAAACCUCAGAAGAAUAUAAAAGAGAAGAAGAAUUAGAGAAGACUAUAUAAAAUAGAGAAUAUUAAUUUAUUUUUAUGGAAUUGUAUGUUGUUUGUAUGCUAAUGUCUAAGGACUCUGAUGCCUGUAACAUUCAGAGUGCUAUUUCUAUGAUUAUUUUCAAGCGAAUAUUAUUAUUAGGGGAAAAUAUUUAUAGGUUAACUACUGACUCAGCGGUAAACUUACUUAUAAAAUAAAGAACUAACUGUGAUUAUUUCUGAAAAUAUAAAAACUUAUGGAUUUUUUGUAUUCAUACAAUGAAAUAAACUGUGUUAUUUUUGUGUACCUACCUACAAAAAAUGGCCAAAGAGCAACGCAAUGGUUCAAAUAAGAAGCACAGGUAAUAAUAGACAUGUUUUUGUAUCCUCGUCGUAUUCUAUUAGGCAGGUUUCCUUAAAAAACAUCAUAGACACUUCCUUAUUUACUUGAAAUACAAAUGCUAUUGACUUAUCUUUUAAGUACUUUGUCCAUAAUAAUAUUGUAUGUUAGUUUUAGUUCUUCAACCGCAUGUGUUUAUUAAAAUAAUACUUUAAUGGCUUGUUAAUAAUAGCUAUUAUGACAUUGUCACGAUUGAAGGUCAAGUUAGUUGGAAAAUAUUAAUAGUAAUAUAUAUAUAAUCUACUGAGCGAUGCUACGGUCUACUAUUAGAUGAACCAUUACCAACCUGCUUCUGUCGGCGAUUGCCCAAAAAAUCUAUUGUUUGGCAUUUAUAGCCAAACCGUGUCGUUCAAAAGGUUAAAAAUACUAAAGACUAACUAAAAUAAAUGGUUGUACUAGAAUAGUCUUGUGAAAUUGGACCGAAGCAAAAGAUAAAAAACAAUUUCAGAAUGAUGAUGAUGAUGCAGAUGUUGAUAAUGGCUAUGUAGAUGAUAAUGGUGAUGAUGAAAUGUUGCCUUUAAAUCCUGUAUGUACAAUAUAGUGUAACGUAACCAAAAGUAUAGCUACUAAACGGAGGGAUGAAACUAGUAAAAAAAUAAUAUUUGAUUAUUGAUUUGACCACAAAUGUUAGAAAUGAAAUGUAAAGCUAUGUCCUAAAUAACUAUUGGUGUAUGUAUUUUUUGUAAAUAAAUUAUAUGAAAUCUAAUAAAAAUACUUGUACGUUUAAAAA